AUGGCCGGCAAUGGCGCCUUCCACGCUGCAGUCUGUAACGCGCCGGCCAACGAUAACCUGUUCUCCGAUGGCGGUGUCUUCUACGGUGAUGACCCCUUCGGACACGUCAUGCCCCUCUUCAUGUUGCACAUCGUCGUCAUCGUCUUCACCUCUCGUGCCGUCUACUUCCUUCUCCGCCCUCUCAAGCAGCCUCGUCUCGUCUGCGACAUCAUCGGCGGCGUCCUUUUGGGACCGACCCUGCCGAGCCUCCUUUCUCGGCUUCUUAGCUUCUUCCACCAUGUGUUCGACGUGGAAGGGGCGCCGGAUUACAGCCACAUAAAACAGCGGUACAUGGACGCUAUGUUUCGGACGGACAAUGUAUCCUUGAUGCGUUCUGUGGCCUCCUACGGAUUCAUGCUUCAGCUCUUCUUGAUCUCCGUCAAGACAGACCCCAGCAACAUUUGGCGGUGCGGGAAGAAGGCCUUCGCCAUCGGCGUCUCGUGCAUGGUCAUGCCCUUCGCCGUCCUCAACUUGCUUUCCUGGUUCUUCGAGGUCCGAUACGUUCCUGACGACGGCGGCCGAACCGUCGCCGCUGUGGCAGGCGUCGGGGACCCGAACGCCCUCGUCACCAUCGCUUCGUUGGUGAGCGACACCAUGUUCCCCGUGGUCGCGGAGAUCCUCGCGGAGCUCCGGCUGCUCAACACCGAACUCGGCCGCCUCGCUUUGUCGGUGUCCAUGAUCAUCGAUUACGGGUGGUCUUUGACCAUCACGAUCGCCAACGUGGUGAUGCGAACCAUGUACGACCAGGCGGCGCCAUUGGUGUACUCGGCGCUGGGCAUCGUCGCCAUGAUCGUCUUCCUCCUAUUUGUGUUCCGGCCGUGGGUGCGAUGGAUCGUGCGGCGGACCCCGAAGGACGGCCGCAUCGCGGAGGGGCAAGUCCUGAUGGUCCUGCUGGUUGUAAUGGCCAUGGGUGCCGUCAGUGAGACCUUCGGAGCGAGGGUCACGGACGGGCCGAUCAUCAUGGGGCUCCUCGUGCCCACUGCGUCCCCGCUCGCGGUGGCCAUCGCCGAGAAGGUGGAAGUGAUCGCCACGGGGCUGAUGCUGCCGCUGGCGUUCUUGAAUGCAGGGAUGCUGACAGACUUCUCCACAGUCGAACACCCCAAGGUGUUCCUGGGCCUACAGCUGUUCAUGUUGGCGGGGUACGUGAUCAAGUUCUUCGCGGCCAUGGCGCCCGCCGUCUACUACAACAUGCCAGUUAGGAAGGCUGCUCUGUUGGGGCUGAUGCUGAACUUUACCGGCCUAAUGCAACUUCUAAUCUACGUCGACUCCUUGUAUUCACGGAUGAUUCAGCCAGAGGCAUACGCGGCUAUCAUCGUCAUCAUAGUUGCUGUCACGGCCAUAUGUUCAUAUCUGGUGGCCAAACUCUACGAUCCCCUGAAAUCGAACAAAAAGGUGGCAUAUCGGAAAUUGAAGCAUCUCGACUAG